ACAAGACCGAUCACUAUGAGUGUAACUAUUUUGAUAUGAAGAGACUAUAAACAGUUUUCAGAGUUUUUCGUACGACAGUCGCUUACUGUCAUACACUGUGGAUGAUGACGAGAAACAGCUAUUUGAAGAUUGAAGCUAAUCUCUAAGUUAAAAUAGAUAUAAAAUUGAAGCGUAUCUAAGCUUUAACCAAGGCGCGGACGCUGACGCUGACGCCGACGCCGAAGCGAGCUGGAGUAUUGAGAGCGGUGGUUUGAAGACAUCCAGAUGAAUUAACAGGAAGAAUAUAUAUGCGUUGUAGGCGCAUAUGUAUGGGGGAACUACACCGUAGAAAAGCUUUAAAUGUUAUGUAGGUGAUUAUAAAUGUCAUCAAAGUGUUAGUCUGGAAACACAUUUGAAAAAUAGUACGAAAUACGCUAGUUGUGUGAUAAACUUCAUCUGAAUAGACACACGAUAAUUCAUACUACAGAAAUAUGUAUGCCAAUAACUAAAGCAAAGGCUUUAGAUGUGACAUUUGCAAUAAGUCAUAACCCGAAGAUCCAUAUGAGAAUACAUACAGAAAAUGACAAUAAACAGUGAUUAUGAAUGUAGUACUAGAAGCAGUCUGAAGGCACAUCGGAGAAGACCCAUUGAAGAAACCAUGCCGGAGAAGAACCACCAGAAAAGUCACAAAGAAGAAGAAUGCUUUAAAUGUGAUCUUUGUAAUUAUGCGUGCUGUACUAUGGGUAAUCUUAACAAACACAUGAUAAUACAUACAGGAGAGAAACCUUAUAAAUGUAGUGUUUGCGAUUAUGCAAGUAAUCAAAGUAGUAGUCUGAAGUUACACAGGGCAAAACACACAAGAGAGAAAUGUUUCAAGUGUAGUAUUUGUGACUAUGCGUGCAAGUACCGCGGAAAUCUUAAGAACCACAUGAUAGUACAUACAGCAGAGAAACAUUUUAAAUGUGCUGUUUGUGAUUAUGCUUGUAAAAGAGCUCUAACUCUGAAGGUACACGAGAGAAGACAUACAGGAGAGAAACCUUAUAAAUGUAGUGUUUGCGAUUAUGCAAGUAAUCAAAGUAGUAGUCUGAAGUUACACAGGGCAAAACACACAAGAGAGAAAUGUUUCAAGUGUAGUAUUUGUGACUAUGCAUUUAACAAACGCGGAAAUCUUAAAAAACACAUGAUAGUACAUACAGCAGAGAAACAUUUUAAAUGUGCUGUUUGUGAUUAUGCUUGUAAAAGAGCUCUAACUCUGAAGGUACACAAGAGAACACAUACAGGAGAAAAACCUUAUAAAUGUAGUGUUUGCGAUUAUACAUUUACCCAGAGUAGCAAUCUGCAGAUACACAUGAGGAAGCAUACAGGAGAGAACCCUAUAAACGUAAGGGAGAAACCCUAUAAAUGUAAUGUAUGUAAUUCUGCAUUUAACCAGAAAGGUAAUCUUAAGACACAUCUGAAAAUACACACACUGACAGUAGAAAAACCAUUUAAUUGUAAUGUAUGUAUUUCUGCAUUUAAGCAGAAAGCUUGGCUUACGAGACAUAUGAAAAUACACACAGGUGAGAAUUAAAACCUAUUAAACACACAAUUGAAAAUACACACAGGAAUAAAACCUUCAAAUGCAUCUCUUCAGAUGAGAUGCUUUUAACGGGAUACGUACAACAAAGACACAUAUGAGAUAGUAUGCAGGAGACAAAUCCUUUAAAGGCAAUGUGUGUGAGAUGAUAGACAUAGAAGUAUUUACAGGAUAUGUUAUUAUGCAUGUUAUGCAAGUCGUUUUCUGAGGAUGAAAGUACAAACAAGAGAGAAUCGCUUCAGAUGAUUGCACGGUCGAUCACAUUUGAAUAAUUAUUUGUCCUUUCAACAUGCUGUCCGUUGUUAAUAUUGCAAAGGUUAAAAGAAAUGCUUUUGGAAACAUUUCUAAUACUCAACAGCAAACUUAUUUCCAAAACGGUAAUCAAAAAGUAAAAUGUCAACUCAAAAUAAUGACGCUGCGUAACUUAGAAAUACCCUGUUUUGAAUCCGAUAUUCCUUUUGGAUAGUAUUGAUAUGUGAGUGUAGCCUGGUUCCCGGUGUGUACUAGUAUGCCCGGAACACCAAAGGCGGAUCAUGGUGUAAAUAUUGUUGUUCUGGAGUAUUCCGGGCUAGUUUUGACUGCCAGAAUUUCACUCUAUAACUUUAUUUAAAAAUGAGAUUGUAGAUUAUGGUGUAAUUCUAACAGCAAUUUGAAGACAUAUAUAAACCCUUAUCAUGAUGAAUUUCUAUAAUGAACUUGUCCAUCUUCCAUUUUGUCCAACAUGGAAAGGGUUAAUAAAAAACAGAUUAUUUUUCACUGGAAACAUAUUAAGACCGUUAGCUAAUUAUAAGAUGGCUUUCAGCUGAAAAACAUCAUUAUGCAUUUUGUAUACAUGAUAUAAACAAAUAGCUAAAUAUUCACUACUCUUAGACAGACAGAUUAAUUUUUUGAUAUCAUUCAGACCGUAAAUCAAGUAAAUAUGAUUUGAUGAUUCUUUUAACAUAUAUGUAGAUUGUUUGAUAAGAACUUUGUCUACCUAAAUUUCUUCAACUUAACCUUUACUCUGCUAUAUUUCUAAAAUGUCUAUAAUUCAAUUUGGGUAGUAGAAGCUACAAUUUGUUUCCAAAGGGAGUAUUCACUGACAAUUUACUGACUGAAUAGCGAAUAGUUGCAGACCAUGAUCAGCCUGUAUAGAUCUUACAAUUAUUCUAGCUAUGAACUUUACUGUAGACAUAAGAAAAAUAACUUCAUACUACAAAAUAUGAGCCGCUAUGAGAAAACCAACCUAGUGACUUCGCGACCAGCAUGGAUUUUGCCUUUGCAACCAGUGCAGACCAAGAUCAGCCUGCACAUAUGUGCAGGCUGGUCUGCUCUAUUCUGUCAGUAAAUUUUCAGUGAACACCCCUUCAAAUUAUAAAUGGUAUUACCCAAGUUGAAUGAUGAACCAGUCCAUUUUAGAAAUUCAGCAGGCUAAAGGUUAAAUUCUUUGUCAGCUCUGUGCAUGUCUGCAGAAUGCUUGCAUGCUUAUUUUACCAUUUUAAUCACUAUACCUUCCUUGUGAUCCCAAUGUAGCAGGGCCCAGUCAACCCAAACCCAGGUUUAAGCCUCAAGUUGAACCACCCAAGAGACCCCAGCCAUCCUAUAUGACACACAGCCGAUCCAGAAGCGAUGUCUUGGGUAAAAAAAAAAGAACUUUUACUAUAGAUGUGACUAAAACUUGUUGAAAAUUGGUGGUUAUAGCCACAAAGUACUUACUACACUUAAGACAUCCUGGUCUUCUUAACCUGAAUUUUAUACUUAGACUUCAAAUAUAUAAAAAUUCAAAUGGUUAUUACUUCUUUGGAAAUGUGUCUAUACUGCUGAAAAUGAGCAGGUUUUCUGUAAUUAUUUGAGCUAAGUUCAAGUAAAGCUUAAUGAAAGUGAUAGAAAUAACGUUUAACUUUUAGACUUAAUGAGGUCCUGAAUCACCUAUUUGAUUGCAGUUUUUCAGACGGAAUUUGUCACUUAAGAUUCAUUAACAUAAAUUGGGAUAACUUUGUCUGUUUAGAAUAUUUUGUUUCAGUUGCUGGCAAUUAAGAGGUUUUCAUUCUCUAGGAGCAGCUUUUAAACUAAUAGAAUAGAAAAACUUGAAAAAGGGGUUAUUGAACUGUAUCUUGGGGAAAACGUAUAUUAUAAUAUACUAUUAAAAAAAAUAUGUAUUUAUAACAAAAAACAUUGACCCAUUUUAUUACUGAUGAGUGAUAAAAGUUUUGUAAUUUUGGAGAGAACUACAUUUACAUGAAGAAUUGUUUGAUUGCCAGACGUAUUGUUUAAUGCUGCUUAAUUAAUGUAAUAUCAUUUUUUUGCUGCUAGCUUAAUUAAACGAAUGUAUCUUUAAUCUAUAUGUUUGUAAUCAUUAUACUGUACUAUGAAAUCAUUAACCCUUAUCAUGCCGGACACGAUUGAUUUUGCCUUUGCGACCAGUGCAGAUCAUGAUCAGCCUGCACAUCCCUGCAGUGUGAUCAUGACCUGCACUGUUUGCCAUUCAGUCAGUAUGUUUUUGGUAUUCACCCCUUUUAACAGUUAAUGGUACUGUCCAAACUGAAAGAUGGACAAAUUCAUAAUAGAAAUUUAGUGAGGUAAGGACUUUUUUUGUGGAUUUUGUGGUAUUGUGUCAACCCCUAAAAUUCAAACACAACAAACAAACAGAAUUGAGCCACGCCAUGAGAAAACCAACAUAGUGGGUUUGCGACCAGUAUGGAUCCAGACCAGCCUGCGCAUCCGCGCAGUCUGGUCAGGAUCCAUGCUGUUCGCUAACGGUUUCUCUAAUUGCAAUAGGCUUUGAAAGCGAACAGCUUGGAUUCUGGCCAGACUACGCAGAUGCAAAUGCACUAUGUUGGUUUUCUCAUGGUGUGGCUCAAUUAGAAGACUCAUUGGAAGUAUAAAAUGUAAUCAAGCAAAAUAACAGCGCACUCGGUUUGAUUGUGCGACACCCCUUGCGCCAUCUAGUGGGUAUUUUAAAAGACUAGUCACUACGCUGAUAAUAAAGAUAUUUCUACCGAUUCUUUCCUCUUUUUGUCUAUUUCUAUUUCGUAAAGACAGAAACAGAAUCAAGUCUAUUUUAGGAAUUCUCUGUGAAGAAUGAUGUUAGAAAUAUCAUUAUUUGGAACAUAGGAUAUAGACUGCCUCAUUUCACUAUGUAAAUGUAAAAAGACAUAAUUGAGCCGUGCCAUGCGAAAACCAACAUAGUGGCUUUGCGACCAGCAUGGAUCCAGACCAGCCUGCGCAUCCGCGCAGUCUGGUCAGGAUCCAUGCUGUUCGCUUUCAAAGACUAUUGCAAUUAGAGAAACUGUUAGCGAACAGCAUUGAUCCUGACCAGACUGCGCGGAUGCGCAGGCUGGUCUGGAUCCAUGCUGGUCGCAAAGCCACUCUGUUGGUUUUCUCAUGGCGCGGCUCAUAUCAUAAUCUAGAAGCUUUUUCUAGAAUUUGAAUCUCUUGAGUCUCUUUGGUUCUCGUGUUUUAAUAUCGACAUUCCGCCUCAUUUUUUUUAUUUCGUCUACAUUGACUGUUACAGCUUACGCCUAUAUGUUAUACGAAACUUGUUUCAAAAAAUGAUUCAAAAUGAAUUAAACAUUUAAAUGAUAUCUGCAGUCCGCCCGCUUAGCUCAAUAGGGAGUGCGCCGAUCUACGGAUCGCAGGAUCGUGAUUUCGAUCCCCGGGCGGGGUGUAUGUUAUUCGUGACUAUUUGAUAAAAGACAUUGAGUCUAAAAUCAUUCGUCCUCCGCCUCUGAUUCACGCGGGGAAGUUACGGAGAACAGGUUUGUACUGGUACAGAAUCCAGGAACUACCUGCCGUUACAUGACUGAACGGCGUUAAACCCAAAACAAGCAAAUAAAUAAAUGAUAUCUGCUGUAAUUAUUUGUCAUUAAUACAUAUGUUACUAUAUAUAAUAACAAAAAUGAAUGUGUUUCCAGUAGGUUAUUGCUUCCACGCACUGAUUAUCACUUAUCGGCCCGAUAAUCCUCUGGUAAAUACGUGCGCGUGAAACCAAUGGCUACAUAAAACGUCAUCAUGGUCAGUGCGUUUUCAACAUGGCGGCAGAGCGGACGUUGGAGUCGUUAUUGGACGUCAUAAUGGUCUGACACUGGUCUUGUUUAUCGCAGAAUGACAAUGCUUUGGGUUUCAACAGUGUUCGGGUAUGUGGUGUAAACCAGCAUGAUUCGCAACACACAAUUUCAAAAUUUCGACGAAGUUGCGGGUUUCUUCUCAGUGAAAAUGUUAUGACUGCUUUUCAUAUACAUAGAUCUACUGCUAAGAAAACUGCAGUUUUUUCAUGGAAUUAAUUAAGCUAAAAUUAUGUGUUGUUCCACAUUUUAAGAAUGGCGAACCAUUUGAUGAGUUUGAUAGGUACAUAAAAACGAGUUUACUUCGCUCCUUAUCGUCAAGAUAGUAUGUAAUUUGUCUAAAUAUGCAAGAAUAAGUUUAGUGCACUCACUUAUAUUUUCCCCAUAUUAACCAUAUAUUGCUUCCGGGUACGACUAACUCAGAUUUUAAAGCCCUCGGUCCAUUAUUCAUUUUCCGGGCCGAUUAUCACCUCCCAGCCAGACUCUGUCAUGUAUUAACCUCUUGUUAGACAGUUUUAAUGAUCAUCAAGAUAUUGACACAUUUACAUUUAUUUAUUUAUUUAUGUCUCUUUCAUUUACAAACACAUAAAAUUAGAAUCUACAUACAGACUAAAACAAUUGUAAAUGACCGUUCUAAAUAGAACUGUAAGAGACAAUAUACAUAUUCACAUUUAAAAACAUACCAUAUAACUUAUUAUAUCUAGUGGGUAUUUUAAAAGCCUAGUCACUACGCUGAUAAUAAAGAUAUUUCUACCGA